ACAAACAAAUGCAGCCCAAAGCCGCGCCGAGUACGUCACACCACUAUAACUACACGCGCCCGGACGAGCCCUCCCCCGCAACAGAGAGACCGAACCACCACAACCUGUGCCCCACGGCACUGCUCUUUCGUGGAGAGAGCGAGCGAAGACGAGGAGGAGCGAGGAGCAGAUGGCCGCCGCCGGGAGCAGCAGGUUCGCCGUCACGUGCGGGCUCCUGCGGCAGUACAUGACGAGGGAGCACCAGCAGCAGGAGUCGCAGCAGCAGAUGGGCGGCCUCGCCGGCGCGUUCCGGCUGCCAACCCUGUCGGAGGCUGAGGAGACGACGGACGCAAGGACCAUGCAGCUCUUCCCCACGCGCGCCGGCACGUCGCAGCCGUCCCAGGAGCGGCCGGAGGCGCAGGCGAAGGCGCCGCUGGCCAUCUUCUACGAGGGGCGGGUGGUCGUGUUCGAGGACUUCCCAGCCGAGAAGGCCAAGGAGGUGAUGCAGCUCGCGGGGUCUUGGUCCUCGCCUCCGCUGCCGCUGCAGAACGGAGCGAUGGAGGUGCCAGAGAAGCCGGAGCCAUUGGCUACGCCCUCCGACCUGCCCAUCGCAAGGAAGGCCUCGCUGCAGAGGUUCCUUCAGAAGAGGAAGCACAGGAUCAGCGCCACCGACCCUUACCACAAGGAAACCGCGUCUCCGGCACCGGAGAAAGACACUGCCGGCGGCAAGUCAGUAAAAGAUGAACCUGCUGCCUCUUGGCUAGGGCUCUGAAAACCUUCAGGAUUCAGGUCCUCAGGAGAACAUUGAUGAGAAGGGAAAGCAGUACUGACUUGUUCCUCCACUAUGGUUUAAGGUCUUGUACUUCUAUUUGAGAAUUCUUCGGAACCCGAAGAAUUCUUUUGCCAAUUAUCUGCCAUUCGAUCGAGGGCUUAUGAGAUGGUAUAUAUCUUUUUAAUCUGUUGAUGUUGUUGUAGUAAUGUGCAAUUGCAGCUUGGUUGUGAACAAUAGUGUGUGCAGUUGUCUAAUAUAAUGUGUGAUCGAAUGCUGUUUCUUCUGUGAAAGUAGGGAGAUUAGAAGAUUGUUAGGUUAUAAAAAGUUAUUUCUGUCCUUAA